AUGUGGCGCAUCCGUCGUAAUACGAAUGAUCGUGAUGUUUUAUCCCUUGUAAUACACGGACCAAAGUUUCAUAAUGGUGAAUUAUUAGUACUUAAUCCAGAUAUCUUUCCAGAUAUCAAAUUACAUGAUUUAGUUGAAAUUGUACAACUAGGACGUAUUCAUCCACGUCUUGUAUUAGCUGUUGAAUCACUUGCUCCAGUACGAGGUAAAGUACAAGUAAGUAUUGCAAGAGAUAUUGCAAUACAAUUUGGUCUUGAACCCUUUCGAUCAAUUACUGUACGUCGUGUAGAACAGAAAGAUGUUGCUGUAGAUUUUGUAGAAUUGAGCUUUAAGGAUCAAUUUCUAUCAAGAGCCGACAUUUGGAGAUUUAAAGUCACAAUGUUAGGUCAAUGUGUUUACGUAGGAAGAACGGUCGAGUGUCUUGGUAUACGUGGACAAGUAGAUGCAAUAUUAUCGAGUAACAUACAGCUUUACUGUGGAGUGAUUGGAGAUGCGACCAAGAUUGUCGUACGUUCGAGAUCUAGUCGCCUCUUUUGGCUCGUACAGAUGAGCACGGAAAUGUGGGAGUUUGCCCCCGACGGACAAGUCUACUACGAAAAGCUUCUCAACCGUCUGAUUCAUGCGCUGAUUAAUAAAUGGAUUGAGAGCUCCGUCAGCCAUUCUGUCACCAUCAUUGUCUUUUCCAGGAGCUUCUAUGAUGCAGACCAGUUUCCCGAUGGAUACGAACCAAGACAACCACUCUUUUCGGACCCGCAAAGACAAGGAUUUAGCCCUGGCUGCAGCGUGCCAGGCAUUAAUAUGGCUCACGGAUAUGGCCCCACGAUCCAUGUUGAUCCCCUCUCUGGUCGAUACUACGAAGAUUUCUACAAGGUGGUCGUCAUGAAUUUUACAGGACCAGACUGGAGUCGAUUGCUCCUACUACUCAAAAAAGAAUUUGCAAGCUAUUACAAAGUGCAUCGGUGGCGAACACCAGAAGUGUUUUCUCCAGCACGGUAUGAAAUAUGUCGUUUCCCAACGCAAAAGAGUGAGGUGGGUAAAACAUCAACGACCGCUGCUGAGGGCUAUGAAAACAGCGAGGAGCUGUACGUGAAAUGGUUAACGCUACCUGCCGGAGUUCCAUCUCGAGCUAAAGACGGCAACAUUCUAGAAGCCAUAAAUGUGACAUUAAAUGUGUUGGACAAGCAUUACAUGGACCGCGACCUUAGCCGAACCGGACAAGGUAUCGUGAUGAUGACAGCUGGAUGUAGCAUUUUCAAUGUAAACAGCAAGCUUGCUAAGAUCACAGAGCAGCGCAUGAUGGACAGCGGAGUGGGCAUGGAUAUGAUAUCGUUGUCGACGCCGCCAUUACAUGUGGUUCCUUUGUUCAUUUACUGCAACCAGCCACCAUCAAAAGUGUCAAGUACCAACUCCGAGGUGCCAAGCUUCUUGCAAAAACGUUUCUUUGGUGACGUCUUAGGUGAAGAAGCAAAACCUCUAGAAGGCGUGACGUCCUUUAAUGACAUUCCAAUCAUGAUCUCAAUAUUCCAACCUAGAAGCCCCGAGUGGGUGAGAGCUGGCAGUGAUGUCCUCCGUCGACCACCUACUCCAGAAACGUUCAAUGACACCGGGAUCAUGGCAGGCCUGUCCGAAUCAAAAGAGAAAAUGGUAUAUGAUGUUCCACAUUGGGUCAACAUUGCGUUCUUGGACUUUGAUUGCAGCUGCGAGCGAGGAAGCAGCAACUUCAGCCGGUCUAGUCCAUCUACAACAUCAAUUUCAAACCAGCAAAAGCCAAAUGGACAGCAUGAAGGCCGCGUUUGGCAUUCUUACGGGUGCCAAUUCAAGCGUAACAAACAAUUUAAUCCGCUGCCAUCAUUUCGAAUGUUUGAUAUCACCGCACCAUCCGAGAAGCUAGUGUUCCCGGUGAUGCUGCAGAACUUGAUGCGAAAAGAUUCCACAAAGUUAUCAAGUUGCGACUUGAACGCCAUACCCACUUGUGUUGAUCAUAAUGAAAAUGGUAGCAUUUACGACUUUGAGAGUGGAGGCGUUUGCGUUGCAGCUGGAGCUCCUUUGUCAAUUGAGGUUAACGAAAGUCAGAAUCAGCUGCUAUUCAAGACGAGCGAGCUUCCUAGCCUGGCAUCGCCAGCGCACCCGCCAGAGCAAUUGCAGCUUAGCCGGUCUCCUGACUUUGAUCCCAUUCUAGCUUCAAAAGGAUUUCCUACCAACCUGAAUGCUAGUUGGCGCCGGAUCUGUCGCUGGCAGAAGUCUCUACGAUAG